CCGCUCUCAGCUGCUUCUGCUGAUUAGGCUCAGCUCAGUCAGUCGAACGGCUCGGUUGGCACUCAGCUGCAAGUCUUCCUGGCGUGGACAUCACCAGCCACCUCCGUCUUUGUCUUCGUCUACCUUAGAAGUUGAAGUUGAAGCAAUGUCUCAGUUUGAAGGAAAGGUAAUCAAAUGCCGCGCUGCUGUUGCAUGGGCUGAGAAGCAGCCUUUGAAGUUGGAAACCAUUGAAGUUGCUCCCCCCAAGGCUGGUGAAGUCCGUGUCAAAAUUCAAUCCACAGCAAUCUGCCACACUGAUGCAUACACCUUGGACGGUCAUGAUCCUGAGGGUCUCUUCCCCUGUGUCUUGGGUCAUGAGGGUGGUGGUAUUGUUGAAAGCAUUGGAGAGGGUGUUACCUCUGUGAAGCCAGGUGACCAUGUUGUCCCUCUGUACAUUCCUCAAUGUAAAAACUGUAAAUUCUGUGAUUCCAAAAAGACGAAUCUUUGCAGCAAAAUUCGUUUAACUCAGGGGAAGGGUGUUAUGCCCGAUGGUACCUCUCGUUUUACCUGCAAUGGCAAAACUCUCUACCAUUUCAUGGGCUGCUCUACCUUCAGCGAAUACACUGUUGUGGCUGAGAUUUCUAUUGCCAAGAUCAAUCCUGCAGCUCCUUUGGAUAAGGUGUGUCUACUUGGAUGUGGAGUUCCUACUGGCUAUGGAGCUGCCCUUAACACUGCGGGAGUUGAACCUGGUUCAAACUGUGUAAUUUGGGGACUUGGAGCAGUUGGUCUUGCUGUUGCACUGGGCUGCAAGGCUGCCGGUGCAAAGACUAUAAUUGGUGUUGACCUAAACUCAGACAAGUUUGAAGUUGCCAAGAAGUUUGGAUGCACUGACUUUAUCAACCCUAAAGAAUUGUCUCGCUCUGUUCCUGAAGAACUUAUUGAGAGGCUGGAUGGUGGAGCAGACUACACUUUUGAAUGCGUGGGAAAUGUUAAGUGCAUGAGAGAUGCUCUUGAGUCUUGCCACAAGGGAUGGGGAGUCUCAGUAAUUGUUGGUGUUGCAGCUGCUGGACAGGAAAUUUCAACUCGUCCUUUCCAACUUGUUACUGGACGUGUUUGGAAGGGCACUGCUUUUGGUGGAUGGAAGAGCCGUGACAGUGUGCCUAAACUGGUUGAUGAUUAUAUGAACAAGAAACUUAUGUUGGAUGAGUUCAUCACUCACAAUCUCCCCUUUGAUAAGAUCAAUGAAGCUUUUGAGGUGUUGCACUCAGGACAGGGAAUCCGCGCUGUUGUCAACUAUUAAAUUAUCCAAUGUCAAAGAAGUUCUGAUCCCUUCACAAUCCACCUGUAAUUUUUAAAUAGGGAAAUGAGCCUUGCAUAUUUUUUUAAGUCUCCAUUAAAGCUUUUUAAGUAA